AUGGCCACCGAACAGAGGAACGCAGACAUCCUGCGAUUAUACCGUUUGCUGCUUUACUUUCCUUGCAGCAAGUUUCCCGUCGACCUCUUUGUGCGAGCAUGCCAACCCAAAUUCGCUUGGUGCCCGACUGGGGAGGUCAUCCUAAAGAGCCCCGAGGAAGACGCCGUGCCCACGUGGCUCCUGAGCGUCUAUAAUACCAAUACAGCAUUUUUCCAUGGCCAUUCUACUAGUUUACUCGGAAAUUUAAUUCGUCGUACGCAGGAUAGGGGAAUUUGGCAUCUCGAGCGAGUUGUCGCUUUCAAUUCUGGCGUUCCUCUAAUAGAGAGGCUCAAAGUGGAAGAUGACGAGGCCAUGAUCAGAGAUUGGGUUUCGGUCCUCAUCCAUGCGUUCCCUUCUCAUAACAUGGAGAUCAUUGGAGAAGAACUGGUGUCUCGACUAGUAAGCUUUGCGAUAGAAUCAGUUCUGCCACUGCUCUCAACCUUGUCCGACCUCCAGCUGAAAAACUCUGUCCUGCCAGAACUUCAAGGGAAGAAGAUUCCAUUUUUGUUCUCUAUUUUCGAAUUUCUUUACCAGUCUUUUAGUUUUCUUGGAUAUCGCCAUCCUUCUAUUCCUGCCUACCUCCCAAAGCGACUGGUAACUCUCGCUGGGUCGGAUAUACCCGAUGAUUGCAAGGUCUACUGCAAAACACUAAUUGAGGUCCUGGAAAUUACUGCACAACCGUGCCCGGCCGUAUCAUCUUUUGAUUUUUUGUCACAAGGCAUAGAUCCAUUGGAUGAAAGAAAUAACGCGACCGUGGGAGGGGUGCUAAACCUUAUGACCUCCGCCGGGUCACCACUCGCCGGCCGUAGUUCAACGGUUCUUAUGGAUGCUCUCGGGAAUGCAGCCUCACGGUGGCGACCGCUGUCUCAGGAAUCCAUUUCUACGAUGGAAUACCUCGUUUCCCUUAGCUUGGGUAAAAGUCCGCCAUCGGUUCCUCCCAGAUUGACUGCGAUAAACGCUGCUGACGUGGGUGCUUUGAGUGGACUCCUGCUUGCGAGAUCGCGGCGUUAUAAUGACGCGACAAAGGUACUGGAGAAAGCCGCAAAAGAUGUCCAAUUAGACUACGGUAUUACUUCGAUGCAAUAUGGUAUCGUCGUCGCUGAGAUGGCGAAUUGCUACAAUAUGCUUCGGAAAGAGAGUCUGGCAGAGACAUGGGUCAGGGCAACUCUGGAGGCUUCGACGCCCUCUGGGGAAUUCUUGGACCGUCCAGACCAGUUCUACCUACUGCUCGCCUUGGCUGACUCAUUCAUAGGGAGAGGCAAGUAUCAUGAGGCACUGCCUUUGCUUCAAGGUCUGUUGGAAAACCCUCAUGCCUCUGAUACCAUUCGCAUGAUCAGCGCAUUGCGUCUUGCGAAAAGCCAUCGGAGGGUUCAUCAAGAUGCAAUGGCAUUUGAACCAAAUAAGCCCUUAACAGUCGUCCUUCCUCUAUUCAACAGAGUUCCAGACCAACUUCAAAUGGAGUAUCUCGAAGAGUUGGCUUGCAACCUCUCCGCUCAGAGUGGGAUUUCGACAAAGAUGUCUCGAAAUUCGCAAGAGACUAUUCAGCUUGUCAACAGAAUGCUUAAAGAUCACCUAGCCCAGUCGACUACCGAAAGCCCAGGGCUUUUAUGGUACAGGCAGGCUCGACAACAGUCUCUUGACGACCCCAUUGAGUCUAGGAUGAUGGCUCUGACCAAACCCGCCGACGAACUGGAGGCUGCUGAAAGAUCCCGACAGAAGUCCGCGCCAGAAACCGUUAGUAUACACAAGUCGACGGUCUCAUCUCAACAGCUCAGCAUACCUGUCAUGCAUGUUGGCUUUCAACAACAAAGGGGUCUCCUCUCUCAAGAGGCAAAAGAGCGAUCUCGUGCCAUUGACAGUACAAUUGCACAAGAGAGGAGACUCCGAAGGGGUGAUUACAACGUUCUGGUAAUGGGAUCUAGGUCCAGGUCUGAGGUUGUGAAUCGAUUGAAAAUCGUCGACGGGGGCGACUUCUCGAAUGACGAGCUGGAAAACUACCGUUCUGACGUGUUUAGCACUAUCGUCAAUAGAGCGAAGAGCAUAGUUCGUGCUCUGGAACUAUUGGAUAUCGCUCCUGUCAGUGUGACAAAUCAGAAGUACAUUGAACUCAUAGCUGAGUACAGGCUGGAUCUCAAUAUUGCGCUGCCGCUGAGCCAAGACUUUUGUGAUGCACUGUGCGCUGUUUGGUCCGAUGGAUGUAUAGAAAACCUCAAGACGCGACAGACUGAUCUGGACCUUGGGGACACUCUUGGAGACACCACAGAAUACCUUUUCAGUGCGAUCCACCGAAUUUCGUCCGCUGGUUAUCUCCCAAACGAAAUGGAUGUGUCACUUGUCAGAGCAAGUACAAACAGGGGUAUAUCCGAAACUUGGCUUCAACAUCGUAGUCUUCGGGUAAAGUUAAUUGAUAUUGGUAACCAAAUCAGUCAAAUGGAAAAAUGGCUACACCAAUUUGACACAAUUCCUCUUAUUCUCUUUGUUGUGGAUCUGGACACAUACGAUGAGCUAGAGACAUCUUUGCGGCUGUUUGACUCAAUUGUUAACUCCCGUUGGUUAAUGAGAUCGUCUGUGACUUUGUUCUUGAACAAAACGGACAUUUUGAAACAAAACCUGAAAACCUCACCCCUUGAGAUAUAUUUUACGGACUAUAGGGACAAUACCGGUGGCGACGAUUUUAAGAGCGCAAAGAAGUACAUUGAAAAGCGCUUCCUGGAGGCCAAUCGAGCCAACCAUGACAUGUAUAUACAUGUUGUUCAAGACAGAGACUUUUCAAACCUUCAGGCUUUGUUUAAAAUGGUUUCCCAUCAAAUAAUACAGCAGAAUCUGGAAACUGGUCAGAUUUAA